CUUCAGCCGGCUGAACAGACUCGCUCGGCUCCAGCACAUCUUGCUAACCUAAUUCAGAAAACAAGUGCGACAGCUCGCUGCCUGUCAUCUUCGCUCAGUGUAGCAUUUUCAGGUGAUCUAGGAAACUGGGUUAUCUUUAUGAGCAAAUAAGAGAAAUAGGAAUCAUGAUGGAGAUGUAUUUAGCAGACCCAGUACUGGAUAAAACUUAAAGCCAGUUUCUAUUCAACAUAGUGAAAAGGUCACCUUGUCCAGCUGAGAAAAGAAGCAAAAUAGCAGCUUGUUGGUUUCUGUUAACAUCUUGGCUCGUGCCAGCCUCUUUUCCUUGAUGUUUGCACCAAUUUGGGCUAUCUAGCUAUAAAGAGAGACAUACUGUACUCAUGGUAGAUGACAAGGAAAAGAACAUGAAAUGUCUCACCUUCUUCUUGAUGCUUCCAGAGACAGUAAAAAAUAGGUCCAAGAAAAGCUCGAAGAAGACAAAUACCAGCAGCAGCAGCAGCGGCAGCAAGUUGCCCCCAGUUUGUUAUGAAAUAAUCACCUUGAAGACUAAAAAGAAGAAGAAGAUGGCUGCUGAUAUAUUCCCGCGUAAAAAACCAGCCAACUCCAGCAGCACCACUGUCCAGCAGUACCACCAGCAGAAUCUCAGUAACAACAACCUUAUUCCGGCCCCAAACUGGCAGGGUCUCUACCCCACCAUUCGAGAAAGAAAUGCAGUGAUGUUCAAUAAUGAUUUGAUGGCAGAUGUACAUUUUGUGGUUGGGCCACCAGGUGGGACUCAGCGGUUGCCAGGACACAAAUAUGUUUUAGCUGUUGGGAGCUCUGUGUUCCAUGCAAUGUUUUACGGAGAACUUGCUGAGGACAAAGAUGAAAUCCGUAUACCAGAUGUCGAACCUGCUGCUUUUCUCGCUAUGCUGAAAUAUAUCUAUUGUGAUGAAAUUGACUUGGCUGCUGACACAGUGCUGGCCACUCUUUAUGCUGCCAAAAAGUACAUCGUCCCUCACCUCGCCCGCGCCUGCGUUAAUUUCCUGGAGACCAGCCUGAGCGCCAAGAAUGCCUGUGUGCUUCUUUCCCAGAGCUGCCUGUUUGAGGAGCCAGACCUGACCCAGCGUUGCUGGGAGGUGAUCGAUGCCCAGGCUGAGUUAGCUCUCAAGUCUGAGGGAUUCUGCGAUAUCGACUUCCAGACUCUAGAAAGUAUCCUCCGCAGGGAAACUCUGAAUGCCAAAGAAAUUGUGGUUUUUGAGGCAGCUCUCAACUGGGCUGAAGUGGAAUGCCAGCGGCAGGAUCUAGCUUUGAGCAUUGAAAAUAAACGCAAGGUCCUCGGAAAGGCACUUUACUUGAUCCGCAUCCCCACGAUGGCCCUAGACGAUUUUGCAAACGGUGCUGCCCAGUCUGGAGUUUUAACUCUCAAUGAGACCAAUGACAUUUUCCUCUGGUACACUGCAGCCAAGAAACCCGAGUUGCAGUUUGUGAGUAAAGCCCGCAAAGGCCUCGUCCCCCAGCGCUGUCACCGCUUCCAGUCAUGUGCCUACCGGAGCAACCAGUGGCGCUACCGGGGCCGCUGUGACAGCAUCCAGUUUGCAGUUGAUAAGAGAGUGUUCAUCGCUGGCUUUGGGCUGUAUGGCUCCAGCUGUGGCUCUGCGGAGUACAGCGCCAAGAUUGAACUUAAGCGGCAGGGCGUUGUUCUAGGGCAGAACUUGAGCAAGUACUUCUCAGAUGGCUCCAGCAAUACCUUCCCCGUGUGGUUUGAGUACCCAGUGCAGAUUGAGCCAGACACCUUCUACACAGCCAGCGUGGUACUGGAUGGCAAUGAACUCAGCUACUUUGGACAGGAAGGCAUGACGGAAGUUCAGUGUGGCAAGGUGACUGUCCAGUUCCAGUGCUCCUCGGAUAGCACCAAUGGCACUGGGGUGCAGGGUGGGCAGAUCCCGGAACUCAUAUUCUAUGCUUGAAAACCCCUCCCGAAGCAGUGUGAGCUCUGAGGUGCACAUCUGGUUCCCACUCGCUUGAUGCUUAGCUCAUCUGCAGAUACGUGAUCAGCGCAGGUAAUUCGUAAUGAACGAAGCUAUAGGCAGUUUCUGAUUUCUUUCAGCCUUUUAAUUAUGUACAGGCAAAAAUGCAGCAUUCAGCUUUUAACUAUAUGCUUAAAAGAGCCAAGUUCUUAUUAAGGCUUUGUGGUUUUUAGAGUUGCGUCUAUACACCUGGGAAGAAUUUGUGCUCUUUUCCAACUGCGCCACUGACCUCCCAGUUUUGUCCCUUUUAAAAUUUUCAGGAUCACCCUGAAUUUCCUUUAGGGCUUUAUUUUGACAUAGAAAUAAAUACUCUAAAAUAAUGAUAAGAGUUAUUUUUAAAGAGAACCCCCACCCCAAAUUACAGGUAAACCUCAGUGUACAAUUUUGAAAGAAGUUUUGCUUCAUAAGUAAUAAUUUAGAAAGUAGGCAGUAGUUAUGUUUAGCUCUUAUUUCAUUUUAAAUAUUUUACUCUGGGCAUUAUUUUUUCUUAAAUCCUAAAUUCAUAAGAUUGUUAAAUGUUAAACACUGCAAAGUAUCCUUGUAAAAUAGGAAAACAGGAAAUGGGAUGUUUGCUUAGGCCAUGACCUACUACAAGCAGGUUUUUAUUCUUUUAGUUUAGAAGACAAACUAUUGCAAUACAGAUGCUUCUUUUAGAACUAACUAAAUUACACAUUUUUAUUGUCAAUAGGGAAAAAUCACAGGCCUAUUAAUUUAAACUAAAACAGCUUAUAAAGGAGACCUUAAAAAGUCCCAUUCUACAAAUAGUUUAUUUCAUGGCAUAAUAGAAUACACCGUUUGAAAAAGCCAGUCUUCUCCCCACUUUGCUUCUGAUCCCCACUGUUUGCUUGUUUUUGUAAGUUAUACUGUAUAGAAUUCUUACUCCCUUUUUCCCAUGAAAAGAGGACCAAACAGUUCUUCAGAUGUAUGGAGUAACAAUUAGCUUUGUAGCACUACAUGUUAAUGUAAUAAGAUACUUUUAUUCAUUGAUUUUUCUUUUUUUUAAUCAAAAAUACACUUCAUCUGAUCUACUUUGACCACAUACUAUCUUCUUCGUUAAUUACAAUUAUGUCCUGUUCCUAGACUGCUAGAAUUUGGCCUUAGGCCAUCCUUGAAGUGCCAAUAAACGCCUGCAGGGUUUUAAAAAAAAAAGGUCUGGAGCGAUAUACUUGAUUGUACCUAAUAUUCACUGCAUCAGCAUCACAUCCAGCCCUCUUAUUUGUACAUGGUUAAUGCAAACAAAGGAGGGAAAAGCUCAUCCCAAAAUUCUCCUUCAGUGAUGGCUUGUGAUGGUUUUGUGCCUGUGACCCUGGUAGUGUCCAAUGUGUUCACUUCCAGCUGAAGCAUCCAUGUGUUUCUGGGCAGCUUUUCUGCUCAGCGUGAUCCUGAGAUGGCUUCCCCCACCACCCAGAGUGUGGUCC